UUUGGAGGGAAACCCUCCGGAGUUGGGUUGGCGUUGCCUUCCCGCGGUUGUAACGAUUUUUAAAAUGGUUCCUUCUCCGUACAAUGAUGGCCGUUUGGCCUGGAAGUGGAUGCUGGAUCUGGCACUGUGUCACGGAAGCGUCCCAGCGCCGGUGGCUGGGCAGGACGUGGAGUGUGCCACUGAACAUCCCCGGCAGGAUCCGUUUCUAAUGAAGCUGAGCCAUGAGACUGUGACCAUUGAGCUGAAGAAUGGGACGCAGGUGCAUGGAACGAUCACAGGAGUGGAUGUGAGUAUGAACACACACCUGAAAGCAGUGAAAAUGACUCUGAAGAACAGAGAGCCCGUACAGCUGGAGACCCUGAGUAUUCGAGGGAACAACAUCCGCUACUUCAUUCUGCCUGACAGUUUGCCUCUUGAUACUUUGCUAGUGGAUGUUGAGCCAAAAGUCAAAUCCAAGAAAAGAGAAGCAGUUGCUGGAAGGGGCCGUGGAAGAGGCCGUGGCAGAGGCCGAGGUCGUGGAAGAGGAAGAGGAGGCCCAAGACGAUAACUUCUCAUCAUAUUCUGGGCAAUUUCUGGGCAAUUACCAUAUUCUAGGCAAUUUCAGGUUUAUUUUGUACAGGUCUUGUUUAUGGUAUCCAUUUUUAAUAAACGGAAAUGUGAAAA